AUGAGCAGAAGAAAAAAGGAAAUAUCUGAUGAAACAGAAAAACAUGCUGAGGAUGAAACAUUAGAUGAGAUACCUUAUUUUAAAGAAAUAUGGAAUAAACUUGAUCAAUAUGAAGAAGAAUAUCUUCCGUCAAAUGAAAUUCAGAAACAUCAUUGUAACUUGCAAAAAAGUUUGUUUAAUAUUUUAUUCUCCAUAAAAUAUUUUAAUGAAAUAAAUAUUGAUUCCCAAUAUUUAAAACUAGUAAACAAAUUUGUCAAAUUGAAAUUACAAGGAAAUCAGAGCGACGAAAAAGAUAUAUCCAGAUUAGCAAGGUUCUAUUUAAAAAAUGAAAAAGAAAAUGAUGAAGAUGAAUUAUUACUUGAUGAAGAACUUGGCGUUUUUCCAACAAAAUGCCCAAUAUCUCAAAUGCCUUUUGAAAACCCCGUUACACAAAGGUUUAGCAAAAAUAGAAAAGCUUGUGUACACACUUUUGAAAAGGCAUUUAUACUUCGAUUAAUGCAUAAUAAGGAUACAAUAGAAUGUCCGAUAGCAGCUUGUAAAAAAAAGGUCUACAAAAGCUCGCUUCAUCCUGAUUAUGAAUUUCUUCACCAUUCAAGGUAUAAAAAAUUUAGAGACCAUAUCACAGAUGCCUUGGAAUAUUUUAAUAAUAUACGCAAUGAAGAAAAGGAAAUUUUAGAUUUUGCUGAAUAA